AUGACUCUUAUCACCACACCCACAACCCAGCUCCUUGAGAUCGAGAAUCCUAUCCUCCUAGCAGGAAUGGGCCAUACGGCGGUCUCGGACCUGGUAGCUGCUGUUUCUAAUGCGGGGGGCCUUGGGAUCCUUGGUGGUCUUGGCUACACCCCAGAGAUGCUGCGAGAUGCCAUCCGAGAAGUAAAACAAAAGCUUCGGCACCCAGAUCUUCCCUUCGGUGUGGACCUUUUGAUUCCUCAGCUUGGAGGCUCCGCCCGCAAGACCAAUGUCGACUAUACGAAGGGAGCAUUGGAAGAUCUCAUCAAUAUCAUCAUAGAAGAAAAGACGAGGUUGUUUGUGUCGGCUGUCGGGGUUCCACCAAAGAGGGUGAUAGAUCGCCUUCAGGAUGCAGGAAUUCUAUAUAUGAACAUGGUCGGCCAUCCGAAGCAUGUCCACAAAGCCUGCCAAGCUGGUGCCGAUUUUAUAUGCGCUCAGGGUGGAGAGGCAGGUGGCCAUACGGGCGAGAUUCCAACCAGUGUCCUUAUCCCAGCUUGCAUCGACGCUUGCCGCCAAUACAAAUCUCCACUCACUGGGAAGACUGUACAGCUCAUUGCAGCCGGUGGUAUUUUUGACGGCCGAGGUGUGGCCGCUGCGCUGGCUAUGGGCGCUGGUGCGGUGUGGGUUGGCACGCGUUUUAUGACAGCCCGAGAGUCCGCUGCUUCAAAAUUGGGCAAAAAUGCCAUCAUUAAUGCAGGAUUUGAGGAUACGAUGAGGAGUUCGAUUUGGGCGGGACGGCCGCUACGAGCUCUUGCCACACCGUAUAUUCGAAAUUGGGAGCUAAAUCGGCGCGAUGUCAUUGAAAAGCUGCAAGGUCAGGGAUUGACCGUACUUGAUCAUGAACUGGAUAGGCUGGCACGGGAGGGCAAGUUGACAGAUGAGAUUGAGGAUCAAUCCACGCAGAGGAAUGUCCACCAUGUUCCAUUUCAUAUUGAGAUUUUACUAACCUUGCUGCAGGCCAAUGGGGUGCGGUGCAGCGAUGGUAAAUACGCCGGAUCAAUCUGCGCAUGA